AUGGUUCCCUGCUGUUUCUUGGUGGCCAUGCUGGCCCCUCUGGUAUUAGCCCUGGAACAGUCUCCAGACAUGGUGAUCAAAGAAGGCGAAUCCGUGAAUCUGGAAUGCUCUGAGAAGAAAUCCUCCAACACAGCUAUGUACUGGUUCAUGCUGCCUUCAGAGAAGAAUUCCAGUCUGACCCAGUUGGUUUAUGCAGCUGAAGGUGCCAAUGCAGUGGUGGAGAAGGGUUUUGAGAGCCAUUUCAAGAGCAGCAAGAUAAAAGGAGACAGUAUCACCCUCUCAAUAGAACAUGCCUUUCUCAAUGACUCUGGCACAUACUACUGUGCUGAGAGUGAUCACAGUGGUAAAUACCUUAUGAACCAGCACAGGCUUGGGGCUGAUCUGAUAGUGAACAGCUCUUUAGAGAAGGACCUGGGGUUCCUGCUGGACAAGAAGCUCUCUGCUGGGCCCUUCAGCAGUCACCAGAUACAGUUGUCCGGCUGGGAGACACGGUCGCUCUGCAAUGUUCUGCAUCAGGGCAACAUAGUCAAGACCAUGUACUGGUACAAAUUACCCAUGGAGAAGGAUGCCAGAAUGCUGCUGGUUGUGUACUCAGUGGAACGUGGCAAAGCAGAUAUGGAGAAGGAAUUCCAAAAUCGCUUCCAGAGUAACGGGACUAGGAACAACCGUUAA